AUGCGUGCGCUGCUCCGGCUGCUGGCUACAGUGACGGUGCUUCGUUGCUUCGUCCCUGGCGGUCGGGCAUUUGCCGGCUGGAGAUCCGCUCCGCAACGGCAUCUUACCCAGAAGGUCAGAGGCAUGGCCGAAGGCGGCGAAAAGUCCUCGCCGGUUCGGCUCCUGUUCGACAACGACCGUAUUCGAGUAUCUGACUUCCGCCUGGCCCCGGGCGAUUCCUUCUGCGCCCGCCACGACCUGCCAACGGUGCGCUGGCAAGUGGAUCCAGGACGUGCCGACCGUGGCGCCGGCGCCGAGGAUGAUGCCGACAAGAAGGUCUUCUUUGUCGAGGCCGGAAAAGAGUGGCAACUGAAAAACAUCGGCGAGAGCGUGUACAGGCAAGUGAUCUUUGAAAUCAAGCAACCUGCAAAGCACACAGAGGAGCAGGUCCGCGACCUUCUAGCGCGAGCGACAUACUCCACAAAUGUGGGAAGCGAGCUGCUCUUUGAGAACCACCUCUGCCGGGUUUGGGAUUUCUGGCUUCCUCCAGGUGGUGGAAGCUUCGAAGAUGUGCAUCACCACGUCCUAGACUAUGCCUUCGUCUAUGUGGCGCCGGGUCGCUUGCUGGGUUCUUUCCACGACGGAAAGCCCGGGCUUUUUGACUCCGUCAACAAAGAUGGCGAUGUUACAUGGAGCUACAUUCCAGACACUGCUCCGGAAGAUGUAAAGUUUGCCCACGGUGGCAAAAAUGGCUAUGACGACCAACCUAUGCGUGAGUAUUUGAUUGAGCUGAAGUAA